AUGGCGGCCUUGGAUCACCUCAGCGAGAGAGAUAAAGCGGUGCUUCGGAGCAUAUUUGAUCCUACAGCUACCAUAGCUGCUGAUGUCGUUGAAGAUGCUGCUGCAGACAAGUUUGUUGAAGAAGAAGAAGAACCAACCACUGAUGCUUUCAAGGAGUCCAUAGCGCUCUCUGCCGAAGGAGUUCGGUUGGCGGAGGCCGGCAAACUGGAUGACGCGUUAGCGGCCAUGACCAGAGCGGUGCAGGCUGCGCCGGACCGGGCUGCAGCGUACAACGACAGGGCACAGCUACUGCGCAUGAUGAUGAAGGAUGAUGAUGCUAUGGCAGACCUCAAUCGUGCUCUAGACCUGACGAAGGAUAAGAAAACUCGCGCACGCGCUCUAGCGCUAUGUCAGCACGGCGUGCUCCUGCGCAAGCAAGGGAACGAUGACGAUGCGCGCGCAGUUUUCACUGAAGCUGCUAAACUGGGCAGCAGUUUUGCUAAGAAACAGGUAGUUGAACUGAACCCAUACGCAGCGUUAUGCAACCAGAUGCUCAGCCAAGUGAUGAGAGGAGAAAAGGAGAUCAAAUUAUAA